AUGCACAAAAGUGCAGUCAAAAGCCCACUGAUGUUCAAGAUCGGAACAAGUUCCCUUACAAGUGGAGGAUGGGAUACUUCUAUCUGGGGAUUAAACUCAAAUAUAGAACUUGAAAAUCAGUCAAUAUCAUCACCAACAGCAAUCACCAAACCAGUUAGGAGGACUGUGGUGGAUGAAUCUGAGAAUUUCUUCAGUGCCUUUCUCUCGCCAACAGAUAUUCAGAGUGUUCAGCAGAGUUCAGUAGUGUCUAAACCUCCAACCAAAUCACAGCGACCCAAAGAAGAAGUAAAAAGCACUUUAAAGGAAUCUCUGCACAGCAGUCAACUAGAAACACUAGCAGAAACAGAGACAAAUGCAAAAAAUUCCUUUGAAUCUGUGCUAGUGGACUUGAAAAAUCUUGAUGUUCCCCACGAAAAAUUAGAAGAAAGUUCUACACUCGAAACUGAUGUUAAGCAUGAGGAGAAUGCAAACAAAGGCACUGAGAAGGUGGCUAUUCCAGAUCUCCAAGUUUCUGAAGUUGCUAUUAAUGCACAAUCUCAUGCAGGAAAUGAUGGAUCAGGAAGCGCUUCUGACAGCCCUGCACAAUCUCUUACUGCAGAGACAAAGGACAUAGGUUUGGAAAGUAAGGAACAAAAAAAUGAGGACAGACAAAGCAACACACCUUCACCUCCGGUUAGCACUUUUUCAUCAGGAACAUCCACAACUAGCGAUAUUGAAGUUUUGGAUCAUGAAAGUGUAAUAAGUGAGAGCUCAGUAAGUUCAAGACAAGAGGCUACAGAUUCAAAAUCCGGUCUUCAUCUUAUGCAGACUUCCUUUCAGCUUUUAUCAACAUCUGCCUGUGCUGAGUAUAAUGACUUUCAGAAACUGACGGAGAGUUGCAGCUCCUCAGAUGCUUUUGAAAGAAUUGAUUCCUUCAGUGUGCAGUCGUUAGAUAGUCGAAGUGUAAGUGAAAUCAAUUCAGAUGACGAAUUGUCAGGCAGAGGUGGUGCUUCAGCAUCUCUCACAGUUAGCCCUUUAACACCAAAGACUGAGAUGGUUGACCCUGUAAAUAGUAAAUCUAAGGAAGAAUUGAAUGAGACACUCGUACAUGCAGAGGAGGCUGAAAUGGAAGAAAGUGGGAGAAGUGCAACCCCUGUUAACUCCGAGCAACCAGAUGUUUUGGUUGCUGCUGUACAAACAGAUAAAGGACAAACCCUCAAAGAGGAGGUUGUGAUGCAGCAUCAAGGUGCUGAAAAGCUGCCUAAAGAGAACUGUGAAAAGGAGGAGCUUUGCAAGAUGAUUGAUUUGUUGACUGAGAAGCUGGAGAAGAGGGAAGCACAGUUAUUAAGUAUUAGUAAGGAGAAGGCAAGCCUGGAAGAAGCCUACGAUAACCUAAAAGAUGAAAUGUUUAGAGUGAAAGAAGAGAGCAGUAGUAUUUCAUCUCUUAAAGAGGAAUUUACUCAGCGAAUAGCAGAUGCCGAAAAGAAGGUCCAGCUAGCAUGCAAAGAGAGGGAUGCAGCUAAAAAGGAGGUAAAGAAUGUUAAAGAAGAAUUGGCAACUAGACUAAAUUCUAAUGAAACAGCUGAACUAUUGAGGGAGAAGGAUGAACAGAUUAAAGGAUUAAUGCAAGAAGGAGAAAAACUUUCAAAACAGCAGCUGCACAAUUCCAACAUCAUUAAGAAGUUAAGAAUGAAAGAGAAGGAAAAUGAAAGUACUAAUGCAAAACAGAGCAAAAAGAUUAAGGAGUUAGAAGAGGAGUUGCAGCAUUUAAAACAGGUGCUUGAUGGCAAGGAGGAAGUUGAAAAGCAGCAUCGCGAGAACAUUAAACAACUGAACAGUGUGGUAGAGCGACAAGAGAAGGAUCUCAGCAGACUUCAGGUCGACACAGAAGAGCUUGAAGAACGGAACCGAAGUGUUCAAGCAGCACUUGACAGUGCAUACAAGGACCUUACUGAUCUUCACAAAGCUAAUGCUACAAAGGAUAGUGAAGCACAAGAAGCAGCAUUAAGUCAUGAAUUGAAAGCUAAGGAGGAACUUGGAUUAGCUCUGGAGAAGGCCCAAGAUGAAGCCCGCCAGCAGCAAGAGGCUUUAGCAAUUCAGGUGGCAGAUUUGAGACUAGCACUUCAACGUGCUGAGCAGCAAGCAGCAAGAAAAGAGGACUAUUUGCGCCAAGAAAUCCGAGAACUACAACAGAGACUCCAAGAAGCAGAAAAUCGGAACCAAGAACUGAGUCAAAGUGUUACAUCUGCCACCAGGCCACUUCUUCGCCAGAUUGAAAAUCUGCAAGCAACACUGGGAGCACAAACCUCCUCCUGGGAAAAGUUAGAGAAGAAUCUUUCUGACAGGCUCGGUGAAUCUCAAGCCCUCCUGGCGGCAGCAGCUGAGAGAGAACGCGCUGCUACAGAGGAACUUCUUUCCAAUAAAAUUCAGGUGUCUUCCACUGAAUCACAGAAUAGCCUCUUGAGACAGGAAAACAGUCGCCUUCAAGCUCAACUAGAAGCAGAAAGAUCCAGACUCAAGAAACUGGAAAAUGAAAACAAUAGAUAUGAGGUUGAAUUAGAAAACCUGAAAGAGGAGUAUGUGAAAACUCUUGAUGAAGCAAAGAAAGAAAAGAUGCUGUUAACUACUCAAUUAGAAAUGGAGAAAAUGAAGGUUGAACAAGAAAAAAAGAAAGCAAUUUUUGUACAAGAAACAGCAAAGGAGAAGGAGCGCAAGUCAUUUACCUUAUCAACAAUGGACACUGUUUCGAGUACUCCAACUCUGUCACGCUCAAGUUCUAUAAGUGGAGUUGAUAUGGCAGGGCUUCAGGCAUCCUUCCUUUCUCAGGAUGAUCCUCAUGAUCAUUCAUUUGGUUCAAUGUCUACAAGUGGGACCAAUCUUUAUGAAGCUGUAAGGAUGGGAGCAGGUUCAAGUGUAAUUGAAAACCUGCAAUCACAGUUAAAACUGAAGGAAGGAGAGAUUUCUCACCUACAGCUGGAAAUUGGAAACCUUGAAAGAACUCGAUCAAUAAUGGCAGAAGAAUUGGUUAAAUUAACAAAUCAAAAUGAUGAAUUCGAAGAAAAGGUGAAGGAGAUACCAAAACUACGUGCACAGCUAAGGGAUUUGGAUCAAAGAUAUAAUACUAUUCUUCAGAUGUAUGGAGAGAAAGCAGAAGAGGCAGAAGAACUUCGUCUGGAUCUUGAAGAUGUGAAAAAUAUGUACAAGACUCAAAUAGAUGAACUUUUGAAACAAAGACAUAAUUAAUUUCUGAUGGAACUAUUACUUUAUAACAAUGAUAAAACUGUAAAGAGUGGUGUUUAAUGUAAAUUUAGAAUUCACAAGCCUUGUAAAAAAUUGUACUAUAUAAAAUGGGAUUAUAUUGUAGAGUUCUUAUGUGGGAAAAAUUAUUAUGCUUUAACAGUGUCUAGUACUGUUUGCAGUUAAAUUAUUCUGUGCAUUAUUUCAAAUGUGUUAAAAUAAAACCAUCCUCUUUAUUUAAGGUUAAUCAAAAGGUGGAGCAUUAUGUACAGACAGUAGCACAGAGAUUAUUUGACUCAUGUAACAUUAUCUAACCAUUCGGCACUGGAAGAUGUAAGGAUACGCAGCUUGAGGCUUAAUAGAAUAACCCCUGAAAAUUUUCAGAUUACUGUUUUACGCACUUCCAUGGGUACAGAUGAGAGUUUGUUGGAGGAUUUUUUUUAAUGUCCUAAACAUUUUUUUAUAUAAUUUUAUAGUACAAAUAGGGUUUUUUAGAUUACUAUAAAUAGUAAGGACUUGCUGUGUGAAAUUAAAGGGUUAGAUAUUUCAGAUUUAGCUUUUUUAUUAAAUGAAAAUUUCUGAUUUGUACUUUGGGGAUUUGUACAUGCAAGAAAGAUUGACAAUUUUUUCCCCUCCAGAUAACAUCCUUUACCUUAACUUCCCAAACCAAGGAGACUGAUUUAAAACUCCUACUCUUGUUCUUAAAUCUACUGCUCCAUUUUGAAUACUCUUUGUGCUGCAUUCCGGAAAUGUAAUGGAGUCAUUUAGAGACAGUUUUGCUGGUAAUUCUAAAUAGAACUAACUUCAGUUGCAAUACUUUUGAUUCCUGUAGGUUUGCGUGCCACUUUUUAACAGUACCAUUUAACACACACAAAGCUGAAAUAUAAAAUUCUCUUAACACAGAGUAAUUGCUGCAGCUCUGCUGUAGCCAUUCUUGAUCUGUCGGUCUCUCUACAUUUUAAAAGUGGAUUUUGACAUAGUAUUUUUUUUAAGGCAGCCUGCAAUGGUUAGAAAAGAUCUCCCAUUUCCCAUGUAGGAAAGGCAGUGGCUAAGAGUCAGAUAACAUCCACAUAGCUUAGAGUUUAAAGAGCGACAUUUGGGGUCAUGUGUGCGAGGGAACUUCUGAAUCAUACCCUUGGGAGUGCUGAGAAUUAGCUUGCCUUCUUCCUCAUGCAUUCCAAACAGAAAAUAUUUCAUUACAUCUCAGAUUUGUAGCCGUGAUGGAUACUUGCAGUGUGAACUAUGCUUCAUAUGAAAUUUUGUGCUUUAUCACGCCACUGCCUGCAAUGUGAGAGAUUUCUCUCUCUGCCUAUUAAGUUACGAAUGCAUAUUAAGUGUCAGAAUAACCCCUCGUGUUACAGCUUGGCAUUAGUUACAGCUGAGGGCUUGUCUACACUAGCAAGUUACUGCGCUUUAGUUUUAUUUCUCAUGGGUGUGAAAAUACACCUCCACCGAGUACAGCAAGUUACAGCACUGUAAAGCACCAGUCCCAGUGCUGGUGCUAUGACUAUGAUUCCACAUUAAAGCACUGCCAUGGCUUUAAUCUACAACUAAGGCUUGGUCUAUACUAUAAACUUUUAUUGGAGUAAUUACGUUGCCUGGGAGGUGUGGAAAAUCCACACCUUUGAGCAAUGUAGUUGUACUGACCAAAUUACCUGACAGUACUAUGUCAAUAGAAGAGCUUCUCCUCUUAGGGAGGUGGAUUACUUACGUGACGGGAAAAGCCCUCCUGUUGGCAUAGGUAGCAUUUUCACUGAAGCACUAGUGUUGCAGUUGCACCACUGCAGUCUUUUUAAGUGUAGACAAUCCCUGGGGAAUCAGCCUCUUCCAGAGAAAUGCUUCUGUAGUAGGGCUUUUCCUCUCAGGGUCUGCCUCUGUUCGAGUUUUCUGCACUGAUGUAGCUACAUGUGUAAAACAAAAGUUUUCACCGGUGCAAUUUACAAUGCCAAAUAGAUAACACAUCUAAAUUGGAGGUUAGACUGCAGCAAAAAAAAACCCUUGCAGUGUUCACAGCAAAGUUUAGAACGAAAUAUUCAGAGGAAUUCUAAUAAAGCAAUAGAGAAUUGCAAAGAAAGGCCUGCAUUUUUAAACAAUUUAAUAUAACUAUUUUGAUAAAAUAAAGGAACUCCUAUUCUUGUGGAUAGUGAAACCUUAUGUUUUAUUUCAUCUUGGAAACUAAUACAGUUCUUGUACUAAAAGACAAACUAGCUUUUUGCUUUUAAAAUGACAUGUUCAAUUGUUGGUAAAUAGAAAAUAUAGACUAAAAAUGUUAUCUAAGCUUAUUUUGCAGAAAGUGAAUCAUCUACUGCUUGGUUAAAUCAUUUUAAAUUCUGUGGUGUGAGUAUUUAAAAAAAUGAGCCAUUCAUAAUUAAACAAAUGUUCAAGUAGAGUUAAGCUUAGUUGAGGGCACCAGUUAAGAAUUGAUUUUUGUAUAAACAUUUCUCAUUAGAAAUGAGACACUCAUCUAGUUAAACAAAAAAAAAGUAUUUUAAAUGAAGAUAAAUUAAUACUGAUUUAUUCUUAGACAACUCAAAGAUUACUCGCAAGAACACAUGAAGAUUUAUUAUUUUUAUUUGACAUGAUUCAAGUGCUUUUCUAAGACAAUGUUCAUGGUUUAAAUGUGAGGGGUAAUUUUCAUUGAUAAAGCAGUUGCUCUGCUCACUAAUAAAUGUAAAUAUUUUUCAUGUGUUCUUUUUAGUAUUGAAGAGCUUGACUAAAUGAGGAAAAGCAGUGUAUACUCUACACUCAUUGUUUCUUUGUUGGUUAUAGAUACAAAGUGUUAUGUUGUGCUUCAGGGCCAGAAUUUGUUACAUAAAACUUGAUGGAUUUUAUAAAUAAUUUGAAUUUAGUGAAAAGACUGCUUUUUGCUUGCAUUCAGCCUUUCUCCUGCAGUGAAACCAUUUGCUGUGCUUCGUGCAUGAAAAUCAGAAAAUCAAAGUCUGAUGCACUUUAAUCAUCAAAGCUGGGGAAAACAAAAACAUAUAGGGCAAAAAAGUAAUAUUUUCACCAUUACAUUUUAAAAGUUUUGUUUUAAUCAUCUUGGAUAUAACAAUAAUAGUUUUCUUUUUUAAUAUGCCAGUGUCCCUUAGGUGCAGUGCUGUUGUUGAGUUUGCCAAAGAGAAAUAUUUGGGAGCGGAGGGGUGAUUGUAAAAAGAUUCUGGAAAGGUCUAACUUCUAUUCAAAUUAAUAGACCACAAUAUUACCUAAAGAUUAACUAUUUUGUCUGUAUCUGUUAUAGUCUCUAGCAAUCACUACUGUAUUAGUGUGAAGAAACAUUCCCAUUUAAAGACUUACUCAAAGUAUCUAUGGGAGCUGUUCUAUAGCCCACUGAAUGAACAAAGACUUUUAUUGGCUUCAGAUUAGCCCCUUGGCUUUCUGACAGUAUGCAACAGGGAGAAAUUAAGGUUCAGUCCAAUAGUCAUUUACUUUAAUGGCAUUUCAGUGCAUCCUUAAUGAACAACCAGAGUAGCUGUUCCAAAUUCUACCUACCUGUAUAUGUGUAACAGUUUAUAUUUUCACUGCAAAAAAAUUAAUUUGUCCUGUUAUGAGAUCGUUGUAUGUAAGUUAUGUUAAAGGGCUAAAACUACCUUGAAUACAAGACAGAAAAUGGUUUUAAUAUACCAUGAAAACUGAGCAUUUGGAUUCUAAUUGUAAAAUAAUGUAAAUAAUUAACUUGUAUAUAAAGGGGAUUGGGUAAAAUAAAAAUUGAA